GUGAGGCAUCAUGUCUAUGAAGAUAAUAGUGAACAAGACAGGUUUUUUUUACCCAGAAUCUAAAUUUAUUACAAGAGGACAAACCCAGGAAAGCGAAAGAUCAAGAUGUCUCGAGGUGAUAACAACAUCGACAUUGGCCACUUGGAGCUGCAUCGGGACGAGAUGCAUCAGCGCAUUGAGAUAUCGAUGGGAGCAGUGAUCUGCGCGGAAGCCGAACUGAGGGGUGAGUUUCCGAUUGUGAUAGGCGAGGAUUGCGUGCUGCACCCGUUCGCGCGCGUAGAGGCGACCGGGGGUCCGAUCUUUCUUGGUAAGGGCAAUGUGUUGGAGGAACAGUGCGUGUUGCGGAACGAGGGACUGCCUCAAGGAAUGCACGUCGGGGAUCACAACCUCUUCGAGGUGCGUUGCUUUGUUGAGAACGUUCAGAAAAUGGGCGACGCAAACGUGGUCGAGGUCAACGCCAAGCUGGACAACUUGGCCGGGGUUGGUUCGGACUGCAUUUUUGGCGUCAACAUACAGCUGAGUGGGAAAAGCGGAAGCCAGUUGUCUUCCUCCUCCUCCGUCAGAUCCGUUGUAGCUGCACCGCCAGGGGGGCCGGCCACAGCGAUAAGCAACGUUUUCGUGUCAGACGGCCUUGUGUUUCCCACGAACGCGGUGCACGAACCGAUCGCGGUGCCACGGACGACUGGCAUCGAGCGCGAGGACCGCAACCACUUGAGAUUGAUACAGAUCUUGAAAGAGACACUCCCAAAGUAUCACUACCUCAAACAAGACAAAGACUUGUGCGAUGUCGGUUAA